GCAUCUCAGCAUAUAAUAUUAUUAUUAUCUAAAUGUUAUCCAUUUAAUAGAUAGGUAUUUCAUUAUGUACUGUAGAAUUAUAUGGCGAAGUAAUUAAUGUACAGAAGUUCAACAGAGCGGAAUUGACGAAUAUAACUUCUUUAUGACUUAGUAAUUACAUUAUUGUCUGAAUGAAGUAUCUCUCUUUUUAUUGCAAAUAGUUACAAGUGCUGUUAAAGUUCCUCUUAUAGGUAGUCCUUGAAUUUAAUGAUUUUUUAAUUAAUGCAGUGAAUUUAUAAUUAAAUAUUGCGUUGCUUUUCAAUAUUAGAAUUUCAACAAGAAAAUAACUACGGAAAAUCUCAAAGUACAAGCAAAACAAAAGCAAGUAAGAAAUGUUCUCUAAAUACAUGCUAUUACUAUUUCUCAUCCUGGUAUCCAGUAUGGAGGGAGACGCAGAUCGUCCAAAUAUCGUCUUUAUUAUAGCGGACGAUAUGGGUUGGGACGACGUGAGUUUCCACGGGUCGGAUCAAAUUUUGACGCCCAACAUAGACCUACUGGCUUACACGGGGGUCGCGCUCGAACGGUAUUAUAGCCACUGCGUCUGCACACCCUCACGCUCGGCUUUACUUACUGGGAAAUUUGGACACGUUACAGGUAUGCAAGGUUAUCCGCUAACAAAUGGCGAGGACAGAGCGUUGCCGAUAACUGAGAAGAUUAUGCCACAAUACUUCAAAGAACAUGGAUAUGCUACACAUUUGGUUGGCAAAUGGCAUGUUGGGCAAUCGCGUGUGGAAUAUUUGCCCACAUCGAGGGGUUUUGACUCGCAUUUUGGCCACAGAGGCGGCUACAUAGAUUAUUAUGAAUAUGAUUUGUUGGAAACGUGGAAUAUAGGAGAUGUUUCCGGAUACGACCUGUUCCGGAAUUUAUCAGUCGCUUGGGACGUCCAAGGGUACAUAACGGAUGUUUACAAUGAAGAAGCUAAAGCAAUUAUAAAAUCUCAUGACAUUACAAAGCCACUGUUUUUGAUGGUGGCCCAUAAUGCGCCACACUCGGCCAAUGAGCAAGCACCGUUGCAGGCGCCACCGGAUGUUGUACGUGCUAUGCGGCAUAUAGAGCUGCCUCAACGAAGAUACUAUGCCGCAAUGGUAAAAAAACUUGACGACAGCGUAGGUGAUAUUGUAAGAGCAUUAUUAGAAAAAGGUAUACUUGAAAACACCAUAAUAGUCUUUGUUUCUGACAACGGUGGCUUAUCGUCACAGACGUGGGCAAAUUAUGCGUCGAAUUGGCCUUUGAGAGGCCUUAAAACGACUCCUUUUGAAGGGGGCAUUAGGGUUAAUGCACUGAUUUGGAGUAAGAAUUUAACACAAGGGCAACAUUUAUGGAAAGGUUAUAUGCAUGUAGCGGAUUGGUUGCCGACACUUUCAAGGGCAGUUGACAUUGUUCCACCAAUAAACAUAGACGGAAUCGAUUUAUGGGAGAGUAUUGUAUCAAAUAGUGCAUCUAAAAGAGAUUUGAUUGUCGAGAUCGAUGAUUAUACAGGAUUUGCCGCAAUUAUAAAAGGUGAUUUUAAACUAAUAACAGGAAAUGUUAUACCGAAUUACAGCAACUAUCAAGGUCAUACACUUAGAGGUAUUGCUGGAAGUGGUCCUUCAUACGCAGACAGUAUUGAAAAAAGUGUAGUGUAUUCAGUACUUUCUAGUCUAGAGAUUCCGUUCAAGCACAUUGAUACAAAUCUUAGAAAUAAAAUAAAGAUUUCAUGCAAUCUCGACACGUCUUCUAAAGAUAUUUGUUACUCUGGGAAUGGUACUAUCUGUUUGUAUAAUAUCAAAGAAGACCCCUGUGAAUCGAGAGAUAUAUCAGCGAUCAAUCCAGAUUUAGUAGAAAAACUAUAUGCUCGAUUACAGAUAGAGACCAAAAGAGUUAUACCGAGAAUCAAACCACACGAAUCGAAUUUAAACGCUUUACCAAGUUUGCAUAACCAUGUAUGGAAUGUAUGGCGGUCAUCAGAUACAUCAUGAUAUAAUAUUAUGUAUAAUUAUUGGCAUAAGUGUUAUUAAUAAAGUAAUCUUUUUAU